CCCUGUAGGCGGUGGGAGGUGGCGGAGCCGGCCCGUCUCGGGGUGACCGUGACGCCCGCACGCACAGACGCACGCGCUCAGCUGGACCCAGCGGGCGGGGGGGACGCGGGACGCGGGACGCGGGGCGCCGGCGCCCGGGCCGGUGCCGCCAUGGCGGCAGUGUUCGAUAUCGACCUAGAGACCGAAGAGGGCAGCGAGGGCGACGGCGAGCCGGAGCUCAGCCCCGCGGAUGGUGAUCUGGAUUUGAGGACAGCUGGUUUGGAGCCCGUGGGGCACUAUGAAGAGGUGGAAUUGUCAGAGAGCAGUGUGAACCCUGGCCCUGAGCGAAUCGGCCCCCACUCCUUUGAGCUACUCCGAGUCCUGGGCAAAGGGGGCUAUGGCAAGGUAUUCCAGGUCCGGAAGGUACAAGGCACCAAUGCAGGGAAAAUAUUCGCCAUGAAAGUGUUGAGAAAAGCAAAAAUUAUGCGCAACGCUAAGGACACAGCCCACACACGGGCAGAACGGAGCAUCCUGGAGGCUGUGAGGCACCCCUUCAUCGUGGAGCUGUUGUAUGCGUUCCAGACUGGUGGCAAACUCUAUCUCAUUCUGGAGUGUCUCAGUGGAGGAGAGCUCUUCAUGCAGCUGGAGCGAGAGGGCAUCUUCUUGGAGGACACGGCCUGUUUUUACCUGGGGGAGAUUACAUUGGCCUUGGGUCACCUCCACUCCCAAGGAAUCAUCUACCGGGACCUCAAGCCUGAAAAUAUCAUGUUGAGCAGCCAAGGCCACAUCAAGCUGACAGAUUUCGGCCUGUGUAAGGAAUCUAUCCACGAGGGCUCUGUCACUCACACGUUCUGCGGCACCAUCGAGUACAUGGCUCCCGAGAUCCUCACCCGCAGUGGCCACAACCGGGCAGUGGACUGGUGGAGCCUGGGGGCCCUGAUGUAUGACAUGCUCACAGGAACGCCGCCCUUUACCGCAGAGAAUCGAAAGAAAACCAUCGAUAAGAUCCUCAGGGCCAAGCUGACGAUGCCACACUACCUCACUGUAGAUGCUCGGGACCUCCUCAAGAAGUUUUUGAAGAGGAACCCCAGCCAGCGCCUUGGGGGUGGACCUGGAGAUGUGGUGGAUGUGCAGAAACACCCUUUCUUCCGCCACAUCAAUUGGGAAGACCUCUUGGCUAGACAAGUCGAGCCCCCCUUCCGGCCCUGCUUGCAGUCCGAAGAGGAUGUAAGCCAGUUUGAUACACGCUUCACAAAGCAGACACCCGUGGACAGCCCUGACGACUCGACUCUCAGUGAAAGUGCCAACCAGGCUUUCUUGGGCUUCACCUACGUGGCCCCCUCGGUCCUGGAAGGCAUCAAGGAAGGCUUCUCGUUCCAACCCAAACUGCGGUCUCCUCGACGCCUCCACAGCAGUCCUCGUACCCCUGUCAGCCCACUGAAAUUCUCACCCUUUGAAGGCUUCCGACCCAGCAGCGGCCCAGCCGAGUCCAUGGAGCUACCCCUGCCCCCACCCCCACCCCCACCCCCACCUCCAGUCAGCUCGGCCCCUCUUCCCAUCCGGACUCCCACUGGCAAGAAGUCCAAGAAGAGUCGGGGCCGCUCCAGACGCUAGAGAGGGGGCUGACACUGGCUGUCCUGGUCUGUCCCUACGCCAUCCUUGAACUCUGAACUCAACCCAAAUUGCCCCUUCACCUCUUGGAAGAAGGAUUUCUUGGCAUUGUCCUGGAAGAGCUGUGGGCCCCUUGGGCCAGGCUGAGCAAAGUGCCCUUGGGGCCUGGGGGGAGGGCUCCCUCUGCACAGAAUCAUGGGAACUGCUACGGGGAGUACCAGGCCACAGCCUCAGGGAGCAGCGAGUGCCCUCCUCCCAGGCCCUUAGCUGCUUGUUGCUGUGUCUUUUAGGAAAUUAAAUAUUUGAAUUGUGGCACUA